UCUCCUCCCUAACAUCAGGUUAAAAACCUCCGCACCACGUGCUGUUGACACACCUGCCGGCGACUGACCGUCUGGAGCUCGAGACCUCACUCCUCCGUUGCCAGCAUGUCAGCCGUGGUCCUGGACAGCCAGCGCCUGGGCAGGAAACUCUCUGACUGCGGCCUGGAAACAAGCUAUAUUGAAGACAACACCGGAUCAAAUGGUGCCAUAUCACUGAUAUUCUCACUCAAAGAAGAAAUUGGUGCUUUGGCCAAAGUGUUGCGCUUAUUUGAGGAGAAUAAUAUAAACCUGACCCACAUUGAGUCCAGACCUUCGCGUUUAAAGAAAGAUGAGUAUGAAUUUUUCACCUACCUGGACAAACGCAGCGUGCCUGCUCUGGCCAAAAUCACCAAGAUCUUGAGACAUGACAUCGGCGCCACCGUGCAUGAGUUGUCCCGAGACAAGACAAGAGACACAGUGCCCUGGUUCCCCAGAACCAUUCAAGAGCUCGACAAAUUUGCCAACCAGAUCCUCAGCUAUGGAGCGGAGCUGGAUGCAGACCACCCCGGUUUUAAAGAUCCUGUGUACCGAGAAAGACGGAAAUAUUUUGCUGACAUAGCCUACAACUACCGACAUGGGCAGCCCAUCCCUCGAGUGGAAUACUCAGAAGAAGAAAAGAAAACAUGGGGGAUGGUGUUCAAGACCCUGAAGUCCUUGUAUAAAACCCAUGCCUGCUAUGAGCACAAUCACAUUUUCCCACUUCUGGAAAAGUACUGUGGCUUCCGUGAAGAUAACAUUCCCCAGCUGGAAGAUGUUUCUCAAUUUCUGCAGACUUGCACUGGUUUCCGCCUCCGACCCGUGGCUGGCCUGCUUUCCUCUCGGGAUUUCCUGGGUGGCCUGGCCUUCCGAGUCUUCCACUGCACGCAGUACAUCAGACAUGGGUCCAAACCCAUGUACACACCCGAACCCGACAUCUGCCAUGAGCUGUUGGGACACGUGCCCUUGUUUUCAGAUCCCAGCUUUGCCCAGUUUUCCCAGGAAAUUGGCCUCGCCUCUCUGGGUGCACCUGAUGAGUAUGUUGAGAAACUUGCCACGAUUUACUGGUUUACUGUAGAGUUUGGGCUCUGCAAACAAGGAGACUCCAUAAAGGCCUAUGGUGCUGGGCUCCUGUCAUCCUUUGGUGAAUUACAGUACUGCUUGUCUGGUGAGCCGAAGCUCCUCCCCCUGGAGCUGGAGAAGACAGCCACCCAGGAGUAUACAAUCACCGAGUUCCAGCCCCUGUAUUACGUGGCCGAGAGUUUUAAUGAUGCGAAGGAGAAAGUGAGGAACUUUGCUGCUACCAUCCCGCGGCCUUUCUCAGUUCAUUACGACCCGUACACCCAAAGGAUUCAGGUUUUGGACAAUACCCAGCAGCUUAAGAUUUUGGCUGACUCCAUCAACAGUGAAGUUGGAAUCCUGUGCAGUGCUCUUCAGAAAAUAAAGUGAAGCCAUGGACAGAAUCGGGCCUGUCAACUGAGAAUCUGUUGACGGAAAUCCAACAACUUUUCUUUUAUCUGAAAAAGUCUGAAGAUCAAACGUUAAUUUGAAAUGACUGCCUUAAAUCAUUUUUUGAACAAGAUGGAGGAUCGACAAAUGAAUCUAAUCUGAAACGACAGCACAUUCAUACAUACCUACAAGCAUGUUGGUGGAUCUUUUGGGGUCAUCUUUGAUUUAGAGAUAGUAACCGCCUACUCUCAAUUGAGUUAAAAUUAAUAAUCUGUGGCAUUUCAUCAAAGCUAAUUAAAAUUUGUGACCUGCUUCCUUCCAGCUUCAUGUAUGCUUUUGUGAUUUGCCACAGAGCACAGAGUAUAUAUCACUAAAUGUAAAACACAUGCCUAUGAUCAGAAUUGAAUGUUUGGAUUGAAUAUAAAUCUUAGCUUUCAAAAGUGAUCUUUUCUCUCAGUGAACUAUGAUUCUAACUCCUGCCUUGUUAUGUUGCCUGUGCAGAUUUUUCUUUAAUUAAAAUAGUUAUAAACAUUAAAGUUCAUAGCAUAACAUCAGAA